AUGAAGCCCCCAGCUAAUGACUCCUUCAGUCAGCCUGAAUCUUAUAUAGAACAGACAGAUGCCUCGCGGCCCGGCCUCAAAUUCAAGAGACAGCUGCGUCUGAAAGGUGCCCGAUGGAGAGCAAUAACAAGCGUUUUCCACAAAACACCGGUCUCGUCGCACCGCGGCUGCCAGGAAAACAUGGCGUCAAACUUUCAAAACGAGUGUCCCUCCGAGGAUCGCUCGCUAACCCCCGUUACAGGUGUACCACCAGCGAAGGAGAAGCCACCUCCAGAUCCAAAUAUGAACAACCCCCGCUACAUCCUCAACCGCGCUUGCAUAUAUGAGCGCUAUCUCCCUGGAGAUGCCUAUGUCACGGCGCAUGUUGAGCGCCUGCAGCACGGCUACUACUCGAACCCGGGAGUCUCCGAUCACGAUUCCCAUCAUGUUGAUUUCCUAGCUAUUGGAUUCACCUUGCACUCUCCCAACACACUCUCACACCGCUUCAAGUCUGCCAAAAUUCGCGUUUCUGUCCGCGGCUCUCGUGAAUACUCCAAUUCCCACCACCAUCCCUAUGGUUACCCGCCUGGAAAUCCGCGGUUUCUCAUGCACGCACCUCAUCUCAUUUACGGGACAGUUUCCCCAGAGACGAUGGAAUGGACGUUUAGUCUAGCUGGCUCUCUUGGGGUCUCGGAGAUGCCUGUAAGCGCUAGCAUUAUUCCAUCGGGGAGCAUCAACAGUCGGUACCGACGGUACGAAAUGAUGCGCAUUCAAGGCUCCGCGCGGACAUUGAAAAGCGAACGGGGCCCCAGCUUCGAUAUCGAAGCCGGUGAGAUCGUCUGGUCCUUGGAAGAGAAUGAUCUUCAGCGAUCUGGUCUCCCUCGCGAAUUUACCUUUGUCAUGUUGGUCCACAAGCCUGCUGCUGACAGCCGCGUGAACCUUUCUAUGGACAUCGAGCCAGUCAUCGCCGCCAAGAUGGGCAGUUACCCAUCACCGAUGCUGAAGUUGCCAGCGUUCCAGCCUUUACCCCGUCGGGGUAUUGAUUUCCGGCAAGAAAUUGGGCAGCGAUUCGAGCCAACGAGUCCGCGUGGAUACAAUUUUGCAGAACUUGCAAGUAUGUUUGAUGAAUAUAUCGCUAUGCCGGGCAGGAAAUUUAGUCGUCAGAUGCAAAUUCCACCCGAGCCCCCGCUGCCUGAUAACCACUUCCAAGGCACAUACCCGGGCCAAUACGGCCAGCUAAAUCCAUACCAACAGCAACUCCAGAGCCAAAACAUGGCUCUCACCAACAACGGCAUCAACCUCCAAAACAGUCUACUACAGACAACUCUCCAAAACCUGUGGAGAUCCCGUGGUCGCGAUCAGGGCGAUGAACAGCCUCAACCCCCACUCCGAGCUCAGCCCCAGCCCCAGCCCUGUCCGCCUAGAAUGAACAUUCCGAAUAUGGAAUCGCCUGAAAACACCAUGACCCUCAAUCUCCACCUCCAUGUUGACAGCGGCACCGCCACGCAGUUUGCCCACCUCGCCCGGGCAAAAAGCCCGGUGCAAUCCCGCGGGCCGGGUCUGCGCCGCUCCCAGGCUCGUGAUUUCUCCCGGGAGCCAUCAGGCCCGAACCCGGAUUCUAUGACCGAAACGGACAAUCGUCCUCGAGGUGUCUCACUAGAAGAGAUUCAUGAAGACGGGGUGCAGGAAAAUGAGCGGCGGCUCGCUCGACUGCAGCGGGCUCGGGAGCCAAUGAGGGAAGCGGUUGCUUCGGAUGGGGAGGAUGAACCGCGUCAGCCUGGGCGAUUUGAUCAUGCCCGGGCACGGAGAGGUAUUAUGAGUAUGGCCAACUCUCCGCUCUCCGCUUCUUUGCUGUCGGCUUUGAGUGAGGGAUGA